ACACUGCAUUGCUCGAAGAAUUUUUAUUUUUAACUUAUUACAUUUCCGAGUGUAAUAUGCAUUAUUAUAUUAAUUAGCUCAUCUAAUUAGUGAGCGUUUGUAACAUAACACUAACUUGAUUCAUGGUUAUUAGUAGAAUGCCUUUAUGUCGACAAAGUGGAGUCUUUCUUGAACACAAAUCUCACGCUUUUUUGAAAAUCUUAUAAGUUCCAUUUCAACUUAAAUAUAUUCCAGUCAAAAAUGGAAGGUGGAUACGACGAAAUAUUAUCGGAAAACCCUUUUUUCUUGGAGUUAAAGAAUGAAUAUUCAAGUUUAUUUCAACACUGUAUAUCGGAGUCUUGGAUAUUGUGCGUACCAAGAAUUGGCAGCUUAAACACGCGAGUGUUCACCGUGGAAGACUUCUGUGCACAUAUCCUUAUUCCCAGCGAGGAACUACCCGAAACGCACUACAGCACCCUUACAGAGAAACAGGUAACAGUUGCGAACCGAGUAAUAACUGUAGAGCUGACUAAAGGAUUGCCGCUCCAGAGCCAUAUACUGUUUGAGGAGACAUUUUAUACCGAAGACUUGUUCAAAUAUAAGGUUUGGUGCAUAGAAACACCUUUAGAACCAUCAGCUAAAUUAAGUGAAAAUGUUGUGACUAAGGAGUGCCUUACUUCGAUAAAUGACUGUAUCGAUUUGCUGUGGACACAGGCUGCCGGCCGACAGGUUUUAGACCAGAUAGAAGCAAAUGUUCACAGGUUCUUCAAGAAUCACCCGAUUCCACCGAUCGCCCUGAGUCCACUAAAGGAUUCCGUCAGCGAGUUAUACACUGAGUGCUUGCAAGCAGCAUUGCAAAAUCGAAGAUUGAGGGAAAAGUGUAAAGUGUCCAAGAAUUUAUUAGAAAACAUUAAACUCGCAGUGGAGACUUACAUGCAGUACUUACUGUUUAAUUCCAUUUUUAAAUCCAUCUGCACGAGUUGUUCAUAUGAAGAUGCUCACUUAAAUAAGAAGAUAAGGAAUAUGAGUGAUAUCCAAUUGAGAGAUCUCGAUAUUAAAAAGGAGUUGUACCAUGCUGUGCCAAAAGCGAAACAGUUGUUGUCUAAAAUUGAUACUUACAAUACUGUUUUAGAGAAGAUAAUUUGUUUGAAACAAGCUCUCAAUGCUGUUAACAGGGUGGAUGAAAGCAACAAUAUUAUAUACCUUACAGCCGAUGAUCUUCUGCCAGUAUUUGUCUUCCUGCUUAUUAAAUCUGGAAUACCAAACUGGUACAGUCAGCUGCACUACAUGAAAGAGUUCCAUUUUAGCAGCAUGGGAAAAAAGGAUGGAGAUGAGAGUGAUUUCCUCAUAACGACUCUGGAAGCUGUAGUUGAACAUAUACAAUCUGGAGCAUUAGCGGGCCCACCUAAUCCCGAAGCCUACUACUAUGACAGCAAUCUCACCCUUGACAACUUAAACAGCAGCAGUAGCAAAAGAAGACACAGCCUCACAGAGUCGGUAUCAACAACUGAUACAAACAGUAGAGAGGAGAAUCUUGAAUAUGUCUUUGACUUAAUUAAGGCCAAUCACACUGAGCAAGUGGGUAGUUUACUGGAGAAAAAUAAGAAACAUUUGGAGGACUUAGAAAAUAAUGAAAAAUAUGCUCUGAAACUGUAUGCACAUGAUGAGGAGGAUGAUGAUGCCGAUGAUGAUGAUAAUGGAGAGAAUGAGGGAGAAAUAUAUCAAAAAUUGUGCCACCCUCUGUGCAAUUGCAAGAAGUGUUGCUCGAAAAUAUCAAAGAAUCUGAGAAGAACCUCUCCAACAGUAACUUCUAGAGACAGCCAUGGUCUGACUCCUCUACAUGUUGCUAGUAUACAUGGCAAAGCAGCUAUUGUGGAGAUACUUAUAGACAUGGGAGCCAAUGUUGAUGCCACAGAUUUAAAUGAGUGCACUCCCUUACACUAUGCUGCAUCUAGAGGUCAUCAAAAUGCACUUCUUCUUUUAUUACACUCAGAAGCAGAGAUAAACAAAACUAAUAUUGACAAGAACACUCCCCUGCAUUUAGCAGUUAACAAUGGACAUAUUAACUGUGUAAAAGCAUUGAUUUAUUUUGCUGAACAUGGUAGAAUGAAAAUUAACGUGAAUUGCAAAAAUUAUAGCGGUAACACUCCAUUGCAUUUUGCAUCCAAAUGGGGUUACGAGGGUAUUGUGAAGUUACUUAUUGAGAAUGGAGCAGAGCCAUCUUUACAGAAUGCGAGUAACAAAACAGCGUUUGAUUAUGCUCACAACUUUAAAAUAAUGCAAAUUUUAAAGUCUUGUUCUCCAAACCUGUAUGAGUAUAUUCACAUCACCAGUUCAGAUAUUAAAACAUUAAAAUGUAAGCCCGACAGCAUAGUGAAGUUGAAGCUGCAGAACUUAAAAAUAGGACCCGAAUCAAGUAAUGCAUCAAAAACUAUUGAAAAUCUCAAAAGAAUAGAAAGAAUCUUACAGGCAAUAUCAUACAGUGACGUGAAGUUGGCCUGCUUUUACUUGGGCAUAGAUUAUGAGAAUUACAACAAUUCCAUCAAUAAAGCUGUGUCCUGUCACCCACUUUGUGAGUGUCAGUACUGCAAAAGAAGACACAACAAACCAUUAGAUUUUGAUGUCAAUUUUGCCGAUACAAAUGGUUUUACAUCUCUGCAUUAUGCAGCCAAGUAUGGCCUGGAUGAGCUUUGUGAUAUUUUAAUAUCACACAAAGCUAAUGUUAACACUUUUAACAAAACCGGUCAAACUCCCCUACAUUUAGCAGCUUUAAAUAAUAAGACUAUGGUUAUAAGAUUUCUGUUAGAGCAUGGGGCAAAUCUGAAUGCAAUUGACUCUUCUGGCAACACUCCCUUGCAUGAUGCAAGUGCAAUGGGCAACAUUGGCGCUACGAAGGUUUUACUGUGUUAUGAUCCAGAUAUUUCUCUGCUGAAUGGGGCGAAUAAAUCUGCUCUAGACGUAGCUAAAGAAAAAGUUCAUUUGACCAUAAUUGAUUUGAUAGAAAAAUAUGCAAAUCAAUCUAUGAACACUAAUGAAUAACUUCAGAAGAGACAUUGUCAAUUAUUUAAAUUCUUAUUAUAUGCUUGUGAAGACAUUACCUAAUAAGCUUUACAUUAACACCACAAAAGGCCAAGUACUCUUAAGUACUUCGUAAGAAGUACUAAGCAUGGCCUUUAACCUGAUUAUAAUUAGGUGUAGAAGAUUUUUAAAAGAAGACAAAGAAAAACAACCAUUACAAAUUAUUGUAAUUUUAUUAACAUUCCAAAUAUUUAAUGUUAUUUGAGCUCGAUUUGUGCAAUAUAUAAAAGGAAUUUUAUAACAAUUAUUGUUAAAUGUUAUAAGCAAUGCAUGAUGCAUAUUAUAAAAAUUGUGUAUCUUAUUAAAAUGUUAGUAUAAUAUUUCCUGUUAUUAACAUAAACGAAUUUAUAUUUGCAACUUUAUGAGACUAUAGUACGACUACAUGCCGUAGUCGGCAAGUAAUUGCGCCACGUUAUUUUAAGACCAAAUAUGACUCAUUAUACUUAUUUAACCUCUACUUAUGAUUGUUCUUACAUUCCAUUUUGAAUUUAAUUACUUUGAAGUCAUUUAUUAAUACAAUUAUUAUUGUUAUGUCCCGAAAUCUGUACGUUUUUAUUUUAUGAACUUAUUUAAUGCCUUUUUAAUGUAUUUUUUUAUUGUUACAAUAAUAUUAUUAUUAAUAAAAUAUUGUAUGACCAAAAUAGACUUUUCCAGCUGGCUACAUUUAUAAUCUACUGCUCAAAGAUUUCACAAUGCAUGUAAAGUGCCAUUCACGUAUCAUUUUAUUUUAAGACUGACCUAUAUUUUUUGUUAC